AUGGCCAACAGCCAGAACACAAAUGGCCAUGAAACCCAAUCCAAUGGCCAAAGAAUGCAGACCACGAUUGUAAUAGGGUGUGACGGAAUUCGAUCACCUAUAGCUAAGUGGAUGGGAUUUUCUGAGCCUAAGUUUGUUGGUCAUUGUGCUUUCCGUGGACUUGCCUCGUACUCGGGUGGACAACCUUUGGAAUCGCGAGUGAAUUACAUCUAUGGAAAAGGGUUGCGUGCAGGAUAUGUUCCUGUUUCUUCUACCAAAGUGUAUUGGUUCAUCUGCUUCAACAGUUCAUCUCCAGGUCCUAAAAUAACUGACUCAACGGUGCUAAAGAAGCAAGCUAAGGAACUAGUGGAAAACUGGCCUCAGGAGUUAUUAAACAUAAUGGAUUCUACGCCAGAUGACACCAUAAUAAGGACUCCGUUGGUGGAUCGAUGGCUUUGGCCAGCGAUAAGUCCACCUGUUUCUGCAGGAAAAGUUGUGCUUGUUGGAGACGCUUGGCAUCCAAUGACUCCUAAUCUAGGACAAGGAGCUUGUUGUGCACUCGAGGAUUCAGUGGUUCUUGCUAAAAAACUUGCACGAGCCAUCAACUCCAAUGAUACUUCAGUCGAAGAAGCUUUUAAAUCAUAUGGCAGCGAAAGAUGGCCGCGCAUAUUUCCACUAACCAUACGAGCAAACCUUGUGGGCUCUGCUUUGCAGUGGGAUAAUCCAGUUGUGUGUUCCGUUAGAAACAAUAUUGUCAUACCUAAGCUAGUAAGGCUUGGUCCUUUGCUAGAACACACAAAUUUUACUAGUGAGAAUCUAUAA